CCGACAGUCCCGACAGUCCCGACUUCUCUCUCCGGUUCCUCUGUACAGUAAAAAUACAAAACAGUACAGUCAGUUGCAGCGUCUGGUCCGGUCCGGUUAACUUUCUUUGCAACGGUGACGACAGCAACAAUGGGUCUGCUACCAAAGUUCAAUGCCGAGCCCUACAAUUCGGAGAUCAUGAAGGUCUACACCUUCUGGGUUGGCGUUCUCACCCUCAAACUCCUGGCUAUGUCUUUACUCACCGCCAGGAUGCGAUUCCGUAAAAAGGUAUUUGCAAAUCACGAGGACACAAAGUUUGCUGUAAAAGGUCGUGUGACAUAUGAUGAUGAAGAUGUGGAAAGGAUCCGCAGAUCACAUUUAAAUGACUUGGAAAACAUACUUCCUUGGGUAGCCAUCACCUACGUUUUUCUUGGCAUUGGACCACCAAACUGGCUUGCCAAGGUCCUCAUCAAUACUUUUGUCCUCUCAAGAAUAGGGCACACUUUAUCGUAUGCCAUUUACUCGAAGCAGCCCUACAGAGCCAUAUUUUUCUUUACUGGUUUUGCUAUUACUGCUCUUCAGGCUCUUGCAGCAAUUUUCUACUCUAUUUAGAUGUGUGCUGCAAUGUAAGAUAUAUUUUUUGUAUCAUGUGACAAUCUUAACAUGAACUUGAGUGCAACUAUAUUUUCAUAUAUUCUUUAUACGAGUUUUUUUUAUAAUGACUAUGCGACGAAAAAAGAUUGUAACUAUUUUCACUGUUAAAUGGUAAAAAAAGAAAGAUAUUUUAUAAAUGGUUUGGAAACAUAAAGUAUUUUGCAUCCAAA